AUGAUACUUAUGGCGAAUGUUGCAAACCUUGAUCGUUUUUUCACGUUAAAAUUUGAUUCAAAACAUUGUUUCAGUUUUUUGUGUGUAUUUUAUCACUAUAUAUAUUAUAUACGAUUGGAUUACCAUUAUUGGAUUUAGUAAGCAUGAAUUUAGUGCAAUAAACAUGUUUCCCUAACUCUGUCUUUAUGUAAUGAUACUAAUUUAAGAUUAUGUGAUAAUAUUUAUUUUAAGAAAGUUACACCCUAACCCUCAGUUGUUCUUCUGUCCCGCCUAGAUUAGCUUUUGCUACCUGCGGGACAGUGUCAUUAAUUAUUUAAGUUUAUUCUUACAACAAACUUAUGUUGUUGUUGUUGUUUUGUUUGCUGUUGUACUCCCUAAAAAAAGGUCAUAUUACUCCCCUACUUCCCCAUAACGGCCACCUCUCCACAACGGCCACUUCCUUCUGUCCCCAAGGAGAGAUCCGACUAUAUAAUAAAUAAAGGCUGCAAAGUUUGGCCUUUCAGAGUUCUUUGUCCGAUUAAGUCUGAGAGGGGUUAACGGUAUUUUAUCUUCUUUGUGGUCCGAUUGCUCGCGCCUCGUUGGUUCAUUUGUCUUAACAAAAAUUCAUGAAUAAUAAAUUUGCCUUAUCCUGGAUUAAGACCUGAUGCAGUAGAUUGAAUAGAGUGAUUAAUGUGUUAAGAGAAACGUGCAAAACAAGGAUUAAGCUACUACAUAAAACAUUAGGUCCUGAUGAGAUCGAUCGAGAACACACUGAAUGAAAAAAUGAAUUUGCACAAAUUUUCUUCUUGCAAAUAUGUCGCAAAUAUGUAAAUAUUGAGGAGUAAAUAUAUGGCAAGGAUGGUAAAAAGCGACAUUUGCAUACCAUAAAACGGCUAGCGCUAUAGCCUGAAAUUCAUCCGAUCGUUUCGAGUCGUUUUCUCCUCAACAACGUCUGAAUCGACGGGCCGUUAAUUCAGUCCAGUGACGUCACUCACUACCCGAAAACCGGGUAGUGAUUUUGAUUGGUUGAUUGUCUAAACAUUCGCAUAAUUAUGUAUAAUUAUCAAAAAUUUUAGCGGGAUUGUCGCUUGAUAUUCAGCGGAUCGCAUCCCUGGCAUUCUUUCGUGUAGUUCAAACAUUUCGAUAAGCUUAAUCUUUAUCUUAAACAGCAAAAUUACCCUUGUCUUCGAAACUGAAAUGCUAAAUUGAACUGCGAAUGAAGAAUCAUUGCGGAGAGUCGGUAGGUUUUUCAUUUAGAGCCGCUUUGUGGUUUCGGCGGCCGGUGAUUUUGUUUACGCGAAGUUUUCUGAGAUCAAUGUUAUAAUUCGACCUUCUUGCUAUUUUCACCGUCAAGUGUAAUGAUUCUGUUAGCUUUUCUUUCUUGUUUCCUUGUUGUUUUUCUUCGUUAAGGACCAAAUAGCUUCUCUUCAAUUAGAGCAAAUCAUUGUGUUUUUGAACUAAGUGUUUAUUUCAUUGCGUGAUUGCGACCGAGUUUGAUUAUAGAAUUCAGUACAACCGGUUCAGAGUUGUACUGCAUGCAGUUGAUAGUUUGAACGUUAAGCAUGAAUUACGAUCGAAAAAAUAAGGCAAUUCUGUAUCAUGCAGACAUUUCCAAACGAUAUUUCUCGGUUUGCCACUCGAAAAUCGUGUUUUACUUUUGGCAUGAAUUAAAGCAAAGGUCAAGGAGUAGUGACGUCACUGGACGGCAUUAACGGCUGGUCGAUUCAGACGUUACUGAGGGAGUAAUAACGACUCGAAGUAAUCGGAUGAAAUUCAGGUUACUAGCGCUAGCGGGUGUAAAUAGCUAGCUAGGCAAAUAAAAUGGCAUUUACCAUCUCUGCCAUAUAUUUACUCCUCAGUAUUUACAUAUUUGCGACAUAUUUCAAAGAGCAAAUUUCUGCAAAUCCAUUUUUUCGUUCCGUGACACUCAGUGAGGAAACAUAACAAGUAUAACUUUUGCUUUUCAGUCGGCGUAUGACUAGCCUUUUUGACUAGCUAAAUAUAAAAUAGUUUUAGUAUUGGCAGCUGUUUACACUGUUCACAGUCCCCUAUUUUUCCGUGAGGUCGUAGAGAUAUAGAGUGUUUUCACUCAUGUGGCCAACAUCUAUGCAAAUUUAUUGGAACAAAAGAAAGCGUUUGCACAAGAAAAGAGUACAACUCCCAGAGUUGGGUUGGUUUGGGACACCAACAUGGCCGCCGUUUCAUUGUUUUGGGACACCAAUAUGGCCGCCGUGACGUCAUGUGAAAACACACUGGACGUCUUACCGUUAAUGGCGGCCAUCUUGAAUUUUAAAUGUACCGCUCUAGGGGGUAGGGGAGCGAGAAAAAACCGCCUUCCAAACCGCCCCCGCCACCUAAGUAGGUUUGACACUCAUGCAAGAUGGCAGCCCGUAACGCAAAGCGCUCGAUCUCGACGAUCUUACGGGAAAAUAGAGGACUGUGAACAGUCUAGCAACUGUUUGGACAGCAAAAAAUGAAUAGUUCACAAGUUGAACGCUUGGCCAAGAAAUUCUAACACUUUCUACUUUCUAGCAUUAUCGGAAGGCGUUUUAUCCCAGUCAGAUCGGACUUUUUUUCACUUCCUCACGCAUUUCCUGCAAGCUAAUAUAAAGCCCUCAAGUCGUGUCAAGAUUGAUAUGAUUCAAAGACAAUUAUAAUAUUUCUUUGCUUAAAGUAUAACUAUAUCACGUUUACGAAAUCCACUUAAAUUCAUUCAGCCAUAAGUAUAUAACCAAAAAUCGUGAGAUCAAAAUCUCUUAAGCUUGGAAGUGGCAAAUAGCAUUUUUUCUUAACAAUGGAAACACCAACAACAGCAACAACGAUGGAAAGAUGUAUUCAAUCGGUUUAAAACCUUCCUUCUUCGGACCUCUUAAAGUUUGUUUCAAAAGUAAUCGCAAAAUGGAUUAAACGCCCCAAGUAAAUAAAACUAAGAAUUCACGGUUACUAUCGAGACGAGUCCACGAGUCUCCUAGCCUGCAAGCAAACUCUCUUUUUGAGGGAGUUGCGACUUACGACAAGUCACACGACAGCAGCAGGCGAAAGGACAUGCGAGUGCGAGGGGCUUCGCCGCUCGCUCGCUCGUUCUCCCGGAGUUCCGUCGAAAGCUAAGGGUUUCCCUAAAAGUUACCCAUGUAAUAUCCAUAAGUGAAUAAACCUGGAAAGACUUUUUCAUUAAUCCAAUAGUUACGAUAUUAACACUUUAUUUUUCAGAGAUAUAGAGAAUGCAGUGAUACCAUUCUAAUAGAAUCGCCUGGAGUAGAGCACAUCAAGAAACUCCUUUAUCCCGGAGAAAACUCGUAAGUCUUUGAAAUAUUUUCUGUUUUAAGAAUUACGACACACAUCUAUCUUGUUUUCAGCGUUGUUUGAUAGGCUCUUUGCAUGACUUGAUCACGUGAUCAACUUUCGGUAAACACGAAAACAGUUCACUUUUGAAAAAUUUUCUUAGCACAAGCUGAAAGAGCAUAUUAAAAUUAGGCAACCUGAGCAUUUUCAGUAGCCCGUGUACAGACGUCCCCCCUCCCUCAGUAAAAAUCGGGAGAGGAGAUGACGUCUCCUCUCCCGAUUUUUACUGAGGGAGGGGGAACGUCUGUACACAGGCUACAUUUUCAGCCGUAUAACUCGAAAGUAGCGAUUGCAAAGGCCGCCGAAAGUUGGAAGCAUUUGUAUGAGAAAAACAACUUUUGCCAUCCAGUAACGCUUGCAUGAUUUUCCACACAUAUCCUUGUACUUUCGAAAUUUUCAAAAUUUUCAUGACAUAUUUCCUUAAGCAUUACAGGGCUCAAAUCUCCUUUUAAUUCAUAACUGGCAAUUUGAGCCCUUGAAUGCGUAAGGAAAAUAUUUACAAGGAUUUGUAUGGAAAACCAUGCAAGCGUGACUGGAUGGCAAAAGUUGUUUUUUCUCAUACAAAUGCUUCUAACUUUCGGCGGCCGUUACAAUUGCUACUUUUGAGAUACACAGCUGAAAAUUCUAAAGUUACUUAAUUUUAAUAUGCUCUUUCAGCUUGUGCUAACAAAAUUUUUCAAUAGUGAACUGUUUACGUGUUUACCGAAGUUGAUCACGUGAUCGAGUCACGCAAAGAGCCUAUUGUUUCGGCUUUGCUACUUUUCGCUUCCUCUGUUUAAAAGGGCACAACGUUCUCUCAAUAUUUGUAGAUGCUCUGGCUUCUUAUCAUUGGCAGGGUUCUGUCUAGGAUUUAUCGUUUUGGGGGAGAAGUCCCGUGUGGCCGAAGGCGACGAGCUUCCUAGGGGGUCCGGAGCAUGCCCCCCUAGAAAUGUUUUGAAAUAAAUAUGCGCUGAGAUGCAAUCUGGUGCAUUUUGAGACACAAUUUGAGAAAUGUUUCAGUGUGUGCACUGACGUCGUCGCGUCUGGAUGAUUUUUCCGAAAUAGUUACUUAUCCACUGUAAUGAUCAGAAAACAAUAUUUUUUUGAGAGGAAGCUGAGCAUUUUGGGGGAAAGCUUCUACCCCUUUAAAACGCUAGAUAGAACCCAGGUUGUGAUGAGAUGUUAAGAACUGAACGAAUGAGACAAGAAUGCUGAGAAUAAGUUUGAUAAACCCGGCAGAGACUAAAGUAAAUCAGGAGUACCAACUGCUAUUUUUUUUAGUUGUUUUUCCUUAUGAUCUCUUCAUUUGACAGGGGCAGGACACAUACAAAUGAAAAGUGGUACUUGAGAUUGAUUCACUUCAUCUACAAACCAAGAGCAGGUUUGAGUUCAUUAGACAGUCUGGUAAUAAAAACUAAAAUUCCCACUACUUUCUCUGUUUGUGGAUGAGAUAUGCAGCUAGAAAAAGAGAUUAUGUCAUGACGCAAUAUUGAGCCACUCUGUGUCUACCUUUCGUUUUCGUCACGCGUUUUCCUUCAAAUCGUCGGAAUUUAACAAAAAUCGUCACAUAUCAAGAAUUGUUUGGGUUAUAACCCUACUAGUGAGCUCGAACAACCACGACGAUGACAACGAGGAAAAAAUUUUAAAAUGCAGCAGAUUUUAUAACAUGUUUAAGCACAAUUAAAUAACUUUGAUCGUGAAGUACACUUUUUGGAAGAUUCUUUGUCCUCAUCACACUACUAACGCUGUAAAACUUUAUAGAAAUAGCAAUGCAUUCGUCGCUUUAAUCUCUAAGAUCCACGUUUCAUCAAUAGCAAUCGUCAUUACUUCGAUUUCGUUGAAAUACACAUAGAGAGUCACAAUAUUACGUACAUAACUACAUCUCGAGGCUUGGGUAGAGGUCACUUAAUUAUUUUGUAAAGCGGAGCCUCGAGUUGGUACCUUUGCUCAAAGGGAUACAGGAAGGCUCUAUCUAGUGGAACGUCACUAUCUGAAUUUCGCAUUGGUCUGGUUCGGGCACGUGGUACAUAACUAGUCCAUUGAUUGGCUACUUUUUAUAUACGAAGGUUAUUUACUACUUGUUUAUAAGACUUCAAUAGAUGUACGAAAAUAGCAUAGAGCCAUAAAAGGGAUCUACCUAGCUUGUGUGGCAGGCGCAAAAAGGGGAGGGGAGGUGGAGAGGGGAAGCGCGAAAGGACAAGAGCAUCUCCCAUCUCAGCCCUUUGCCGUAGUGCCAGCCCUGCAUUGAGUUUUGUUUUAUUUCACACUUCUAGUGACGUCUGGCUACAACAACUCUUUGAUUAGAGAUCCGGCAAGAGGAACCAGUCAGUUAUAUUUACGCGUUGCGUGGACCUCUCCAUUCAAACAGUUUUUGCUAUCUCCCCAAUCGCCCUCCCUUUUUCUCUUCCUUCCAAUCUCCUAACCCUUUCGACACCUGCUACUCAGGCUAGGACGGAACAACCUUAUUAUUAAUCCAUUCUUUCCUUACUUGUCUUUUUUUUUGCAAUAUCACUAUGCUGAAUGUCGAUUCGUCGAAAUGCAUAAGCUGACGAAGAAUGUAUACGUAAUAUUCCAGAUACAAUAUUAAACAUGAUAUAAUUGCCAAUCCAAUGAGAUUUUAUGACAAAUUGUAAUUUAAGCUGAUAGAAAAGUCACAGAAAUGUGCACGUCGAUGUCUUUAGUUCAUUUGAACAGAGUGAUUUAGCAAUUGAUCGACGCGGAAGCGGGCGGGCGGAAAGACUGCACGCGACUUCCGGUGCCUAAUUUUUCACUUUGCCAUUGGUCAAGCCAACUUUGUGGUUUGCGUCCGCCGUCGUCACUGCCGCCGCGUUUCCGUUUAGUAAAUCUACCUAUAAAAAAUAAGGCCUUACACAUUAUGUUGGUGUUUUUUCAGAUUUCAAGUUCUCGACGCAGUUUAUAUCAACGUUGAUGGUUGCUGCAAUAGUUAUAUUUCAGGUAAGUAAGGGAUUGUUCACACUAUGUUAAUUCGAAAAUUGUAAAAUCGACGCUGUUCAAAAGAGUCUUAACCGAAGUUUCGGCAAUACUGCCUUCUUCAGGGUUCAAGACUAAAUACCGUUAAAAACGUAGAAAGGAAAGUUUCUUCAUAAACGUUUUCCACAGCGAGUCAAGGAAAGAACCAAUUUAAGUUCUCCUGUCCCAUUUGACACGUACUGUCCAAUUACUCAGGGCUAAAAAUCCUGGUUAUUGAAUUCAGAAACUAAUAUUUGCGUUUUAUCAAAAAUUUGAUUUUCGAAUAUGAGCAAUCCACAAGUUUAGGCGUGUUUUAGCAGUCAUGCGUGCUUAUUGGCCCCGUGGAAGUAAGAAAGUACAGCCGGCAAGCGUUUUGCCUGUAAGCCUUUAAAGAGGCCCUCGACGUUUUCCCCGAUUGGCGACGCUAAUGAAUCCUUUUUCGGACUCUUCAACUUUUUUUUGUACAAGCUGAACAAAAAAUAAUAAUAAUGAUCGUGGAUUGUCCAAAUCAAUGCUUAAAUUAGCUUUGCUUAUCUCCAGUCAGACUGGAGAAUUUGGUUACCAGUAGUGACGACUGUACAACUCAUAAGAUGCAAAUUCUCUUUAAGCUCCUUGUGAGUUUUCUGGGCCGAUUUGCUGUCUACAAGAAGACUUUGACCAAGAAGUAUUGUAGUAAUGACAACUGCAAGGAUUUGUUUGGUGUGAUAUUUGGUUCGUUAAUAGCAUAGGGAGUUCGUAUAAAGUCAAUAUAGAAAUAAAAAGGAUGGCACUCUGUGCAACUUGUAGGUUAAUUAUUCAUUGUCAAACAAUGUCUAAGCAAUUAAAGUGAUUUUACUUAACCGGUGAAAUAUAUAGUAGACUAAUACGAAGCGUUAAACUCUGAUUUUAUUGUUUUCUUUCGUUUACUUGCAUUUAUUUGGCACUACCUGAUGCAUACUGUUUCACAGGUUUAGUAAAAUCACUCUAACGUCUGUUAUUUUCAUUCCCCCGUUUUUUAUGGUUAUACUCUCUACCAGUCUUUCUCUCCGCUGAGAGUUGUACCUUAUAUGCUUUGGCCUAGAACUUUUUUAAAAUACUUUUUCUGCAACCGCGCGUUAAAUAUUGUAUGUACCCUUUUUUCUUUUUGUGUUUUGUUUAAAUAGUUGUUUUCCAGUCAGUUUUAUUUGGACCCCUGAAUCUCUGCUUUCACAGGCAGCUUGCAGGCCGCCUACAUUUUUUCCUGGAUGAUAUCCGCCAUAUUGCUUCUACACUUUAUGAAGUGUCAUCGGUAAGUCUUUAUGUAGUUGGUUUGGUCGAGCCAAGAGAGAUUAAUGGGAAGGGAAGGAAUCUUAGAGCGUCGGCCAGGAGAUGUGAAUUUCACUUAAGUUAUUUUUAGAGGUUGUAAUUAAACGGAAAUCUUUUUCCUGAGACGUUCUGAAGUCACGGCGGCCAUGUUGGCGGACAAUAGCUAAAGUGUUUCCCUCUGCUGGGAACCGAACUUCUUUUUUCACGCAAAUUCUGCAAAAAAUUUGUAUUGUUUUGUCAUGCAACUUGGCCUUCUUGUCACGUGGUUUCAAACCAGUGGAAGUGGCCUCCAAUCACCCUAAAAUUCUCUCUCUACUCCAAAAUGACUGCAAGCAUUACAUCCUGGCCUAACCUGACCCUCUGUUUUGUAAUCCUUGUUUUCACAAAUCUCCGCGCAUAUAGCGAAAGACUGCGUCAACUACGCGGGAAAGUCCGUAGCAUAAAACAAUUGAAAUGUAAGCAAUGUGAGCUUUUUUAAAAAUUUUUGGCUUCCCCAUCCACGUGCAUAAAAAUGACAUAAAUAGGAGAAACCUUUGUUUGAUCAUGAUGCGACACCCAAGGUUUCUGUAGGUAAGGAAGGCCUGAUACUAAAGCUAAAAUAUAUCGAAAAUAGUAAAAGACGCAACAAUUUUAACUGAUGACUUCCUAAUGUUAUCAUAAGUGGCAAGUUGAUGAAGUACUACAAAGCUGUCCAGUUUCAUAGCAAUGUUGUAGAUUCUGUUUGAGUUCUAUAGGGCUCUUUGAGCCCUCCCAGGCAAAAUAGAAUUAAAAAGAUCACGUGUCCGUGGGGCAUUUUAUCCCAAGCGUUAACCAUGUAGAUACUGUCGUGUCAUCGUUUUUCCAAAAUCCUCUUUUACCAUCUGUCCACACGGCGGUGGCGAUUUGAAAAUUUUCCAACAUAGGAGAGCAUUUAAACAGUUGCUUUUUCUAUAACCGUUUUCAUCGGACACGUGUGGACGAAAGGCUUGUCCGGAGGGAAAAUUAUCCGUUUUCAAAUAAUUUGUGGAUGGGGCCCAUCUUGUCUUUUCUCACUGUUAUUAUCUAAUGUAAUUGAAUUUAUUAUAUAGACAAGAGUGUUUUUGUGGAAAAUAGACCUCUCGUGAAACUACAUCCGGGACUUGAGUAGCGUAUUUUCCUUAUCCUCACUGGUGAGGAUAUUAAUGACGUCAUUUCCCGCUCAAACUGUUGUUUGUGUACAGUUUGCCAAAUGCUAAAACAAAAUGACUAGCGAUUGAUUCGUGAACUUAUCUAAAGCUGACUUCAAAUCUCUCUCUGAGGAGGAGGAAAAUGUUAAUACGACGAAGAAAACUUAAUUUGUAUGACUUAAAGUUAUUCAAGGAGUUCCUUAUAAGUAAAGACGAAAGGAGAGAACUUCAAGAAAUUCCUGCCGCCUGGGAGUGAGAUGUCAAGAAGGUUUUUAUUGGCAUCUACAUCUUUUGAAAGUUUACAUUUUCACUGACCAUUUUGAAAUUCAAAAACUUAUUUUUGUGGGCUAUAACAGGAUGUACUGCUGAAUUGUGUUAGCCGCCAGGUUAUAUGUCAACUUUAAAUUAAAUUCCAGUCUUUUUGUCCAAAUAAUAAAUAGAGGAUAUUACACGGCGGCGCGAAGAUAUAAUUUGUAUUUUCGAGGGGUGAAAAACAAUAUUUUACUCACUCGCUGCGCUGUUUCGUAAAAUAUUGUUUUCACGACUCGAAAAUAAUAUUUAUAACUUCUUCUAUGUAUCUUAUGCCAAUAUGAGCCCGGUGUUUGUGAAAACAAAAAUGAACGCCGAAAUUAUCUUUGCACCUAUAAGUAAAGUGAAGUCUGUGUUGCGAUAGCAGAUAGUGGUCACUCGCGUCAACAAACCUCUACUCGAGCCCUGCAACUAAAAGUUUUCUACUGUUAUUUAGUCCACAACCAUAGAAGGCCUUAAUUUAGCGUGAUGUAUCUAUUUCUAGGCAUGUGUCAAGGAGCUUUUGUUUUGUCAGCGAUGAUAAGUGCCAUAUUGCUACUGCAUUUUAUGAAGAGCCAUCGGUGAGGGCAAGAUUAUAGGUUGUAUGAAUACAGAUUGUCAAUAACAACAACAACAAGUUUAUUCAGUAAUAUCAUUUCUAUACAUGGUGUUACCGAUUGAAAUACAAUAUUAAACAAAGAGAGUUAAGGAAAUAUAAAUAUAAUUGAAUGGUAUAUGAUUUAUUAUUAUUAUUAUUAUUAUUAUUAUUAUUAUUAUCAUUAUGUUUCUUUCGUCUUUCAAAUGCUUGAAAACGGAAAAUCAAAUCUUUGCAAUAGGUAGAUUUUAAAAGAGAGGGGUAGCUAAUUAAAUAGAUUAACGUACCGUUCCCCAGGGAACUAAACUGGGUCCUAUCUUAUUUCUCAUCAUGAUUAAUGACUUAUCUAGACCCACUCCUGAGGCAGCCUGCGUAGCAAGCGUUUCCAAUCGAGUUAUUGCUCGAAAGUCAUUCCUUUUUUUUUUUUUGCUCUCGUCCCAACUUUCUCGACGAAAUCGCGAGGAAACGCUUGCUACACAGGCUACUCCUGAGGCGAAUCUGUGGAAGUAUGUAGGCGAUGUUUCUAUCUCGGAAUUUCCCACUAAGAACAAGGGUGCGUCCAUUCAGUCUACAUUAGACAUUGUCAGUUCCUUGGCAUGGAUGAUCUUGAUGGAGCUUAAUGCUAAAAAAUCAGAAAAAUGUAAAGAGCUACGGGCGUGUUUUUUUAAAGAGACCCCUCAGCUAUCCUCUUUACAAAGUACUAGAAACAGUUCGCUCGCACAAGUUUCUAGGUUUGGUUAUCUAGGACAGUCUGAAAUGGAAUGAGCACAUCUGUAUGAUUGUAUCCAAGGUACCCAAGCGUCUGCACAUUAUGCGUGUUCUAAGUGUGACAUCAACGCUUGUGAUCUUGUUGAUAUCCACGUUGCUCUCGUACGUUCCGUCCUAGAGUAUCGUUGUGUGGUUUGGCAUAACGCCCUUCCCGCAUAUCUGUCUGGUGAAAUAUAGCGGGUCCAAAUGCGUGCUUUAAGGGUAAUACACCCUCGAUCUUCAUACCAGGAAGCCUUAAAACUUGCUAAAACAGAUAGACUUGAGGACAGGCGUGAUGAACUCUGUAUGAGGACUUUUGAUAAAACUACAAAAGGCGGGCCCUUGUCAAAACAUCUAACCCCGAUUAGGACUUACGCCCAUGACUAUUCUUUUAGAAACUCAAACUCUCGAACGUCUUUUAAGUGUAAAACUGAGCGUUUUAGGCGAAGCUUUUUGCCUAUUGCUAUCCUAACGGCAAACGCAACAUUUUUAUUCUUAGUUUACGAUUUGUUUUUAGAUUAGUAUAAUUUUUUUUAGUAACUAUGAUUGAACCACAUCCUUUUAAUUUUACUAAAUUUACUUUGUUUAAUGAUUAUUAUAUUGUAAACUCCAGUCCCAAGAAGAUUGUUGUAAUUUUCUCGCUUAUUAUAAACACAUUGUAAUUCAUUUUAAUGCGAGAAUGUGGUGAUUAAACAUAUUUAUUUAUUCAUUCUAUUUACUUAUUUAUUUACUUAAAACACAUUUGAAGGGGGCGGAGGGCUUAAUAGAGACGGGGGCUUAUUCAAUUUAGCAAAAAAAGAAGAUGGUAUCACUUUUCCAUAAAAAAAAAAAAAAACAGCUAGAAUGCAAAGUGCAAAACCUCAAGCGGAGCUCAUGCAGCCGAGGAUCAAAAACAAAUUCGAGCUUCCAGCUGGUGAAUAAACCAUCCUGGAUCAGUCCACAAGAAGUUUUAAGGUCACAAUAGACUCCUGACAGUCAGUGAUUGAUUCGUACAGUCUACCAUUUAUUAGCCUACGUGUAGCCACACCCACCCCCUCUGACGAAGGAAAAACGUUUUUCCUUUGUCGGGGGAAGGAUGCGGCUACACGUAGGCUAUCAUUUAUCAGUGAAUGAUAAUAAGGGGAAGGAGAAGGGGGCUUAUUUGAGAGGGGGGCUUAAUAGAGGAUUUACGGUAAGUACAUGGCAGCAUGGUAAUUAAUGCAGCAACAAAUCGUCUAUCAAACACGAUCCAUGAAGUUAUCACAUAAUUAUACUUGAUUUGCACAGUAAUGGUGAUUCCUUAUUUACACCAGGGAUCAUGUUCUACAGCUUUAUAGAGGUCAAAGAAGGUUUGCCCAAGGAGUGUUUCCUUCUCCCUCAAAACUAGCGGUAAGUCCUUUAAUUAGCUUAAGAUGGCGAAGGUAAUGCAACAAAGCCUUUAUUAUUAUUAUUAUUAUUAUUAUUAUUAUUAUUAUUAUUAUUAUUAUUAUUAUUAUUAUUAUUAUUAUUAUUAUUAUUAUUAUCAUUCAAAUAAUUAAAGUUCUUGAAUUUGUAUUUUGCUUGUAUUUUGCUGUUAUGGAUGGAUGGUCUGUGAGUGAUCGUGACUGUCAGGUUUGUCUUAAUCUUUCACUCACAAAACUUAGACUAUUUUCUGAUGGCCAACAGAUUUGAUCUUUAAAGUGAGAGGGUGGCUGGAUGUGAAUACUUAAAUAAUUAUACUUUCAAGUUGUAAAACAAAGUUUUUCACUUCUGACUUGAUGCAACUUCGUUUUAUAUUCUCAUCCACUAAGCCGCUUAACACUAGUUAUAUUACUCAAAUUAAUUAGUUUGUAGGCAGUCGUUCAGCAUACAUUCGGAUAGAACAGUCUCCACUCACGGCAUUUGAACUUAGUUCUAUAGCCCGACUCUCCACGAGUCUUCCAAAGCGCAUGUCAAAAAUAUUCAAUAAGAAUUCAAGUGAAGGUCUUCCUUUAGGGGUACUCAUAAUUGUUUCUGUCUGUUUGUUUCUUUGUUUGUUGUUGUUGUAUUUUUUUUUAGCUGCACGCUUUUAUUUUCAGGGAGGAAGUCUUCGAUUCUCAGGAUAUCAAGUUGCCUAUACAAUUUAUGGUAGGAGUUACAUAACUUUAGUAAGUUUAGUAGGGGCAUCUGGUAUUUCUUUCUUCGUAUGGGGGAAAUCUGCUGUAAUCCAUUGACCUGUUCAUUUCCUCACUUCCAUAAUUGUUUAAGUUCAGAGUAAAAGAAAACAACUGGUCGCAUACGGACGAACUGCUGAGGGUUUUAUUCCAUAGAGUGGAACGUACACUUAAAGUGGGUCUCAACACGCAUUUUAAAAAUGGGAGUCGCUGACCUUUUUUCGUGUUACAAGCACUUAACGAUAAUAUAAGAGUGUGUUAAGUAGGCUUUACGUUUCUAUGGUGACGUACUAUGUACGGUACGUCAAGUAAAGAUGAAAGUGCCUAAUUGCACGUUUUAUGGAGGAGGCCGUAAACAAGCAAUGACGAGUUUCUCUUUCUCUUUCUAAACUUAAGUGCAGUUCCCAAGAAAUCACCUCCAGGGAAAUUCGCCUACAUUAGACAUUUUCAGUGAACUGGAAUUAACGCGACAGAGUUUGAAAAGACGCGAAUUUAUUUCAAAAGUGACGUUUUCGCGGCCGUCACCGUCCUCGAUGCUAAAACUCCCUAAAAUCACAUUCACUACUUUGUAUAGAUGUUUAUGAUUUCAGGUCAGAUUAGAACAUGUAGAAAGUGCCCACAUCGCCUUUCACUUGCCCUUUUCCACCACUAUCUCGGACCCCAUAAAAGUUAUUUGAUGAGCGUUGCGAGACGGGACAGGGAAAGGCUGACUAGAAGACUUGAAAUCCACAGGACUGACCGCUAUGGUGUCCGCUUAACAGAGGGUUAAGAGGGUUAUCCCGUUGAAAAAAGAAUCGUUUUUCAAAAAAUUUAGGGAUAAAGUUUAUGACUUACGGUCGCUAGUGUUCGCUAAAUGUGGGGUCUUCUAUGAUAGGUUUCACUGAGUGUGUGAUUUCUUUUUUCUUUUUUCAGGAUAUUUCUCGAUGGGAUUUCUUCUAUGGCUUGUUCUUUUUGGUCCUGUAUUUUAUUUUAAGCAUGCAGAACAUGUCCUUCCCAAACCAUGGUAUGAAUGGUUAAAAAAAAAAGUGGAAUCAGCUAUGUAAGUAAAAUUUGUUCCUUGUUUGGGCCGCACAUCUUUAAACACUGCGAAUGAAUCUUUCGAUGAGUUUUUCUAGGUUUAUACUUCGCUUUGCGUACCGUGCACUGCAUAAGCGAUCAGUGCUUAGGUUAUCCUGAUUUUCAUCCUCGGGUGUAAGUCGAUGCUGCUCCCUACUUUAUUAGAGACCUUUAGCAUCAGGUUUUUCAUGAGAAACUGCAAACCGCAAACCACAAAAUGUCACGUGACCACGGCCUUGCGGUCACGUUUGCAGUUUGCAGUUCACGUUUGAACCGCAGGAAGGGCUUCCAGGGGUAUACAAGUGAUUUACGGCAAAGUUUUUUGCCACAAAAAAUUGUACAGUCUCGCGUUUAAUGGUAUGAACUAGCUUUUUAUAUCCGUUUGCGAUGUGUUUGUUGGAUUUUUGAUCUCGAAUCGAUGAAUAAUUGCUGAUUUUUGGGCGAUUAAAGUGAUGCACUUCGAAUUGAUUAAAACAACAUGGCGGCCCUAAAUUCAAAUCGAUUUUAUAUUCCUUUCUGCCGUACUAACAAAAGAAAGUAUUCUUUUCCAAUCCAGAGUUAAUUUUUUUUUUCUAUCUUGUUACUGAAUUCAUAACUUAACUCAGUCUUUGUUUAGUUCCUAUUUUUAACGUAUCACUCCGCGAAUUUCAUUUUAUUUUGCUUAUUUCUUUGAGACUUGGGAGCCAAGGCUUCAUAAGCCUUCUGGUUUCUUCUGGGCUCCCUUGCAAUCUUACAAUUCCUUUAUGUGUUUUUGUAUUGUAAUAUAUUUUGGCCAAAUAAAAUUGAACUGAACUGAACCGAACGCCUUGCUAAAAUUUGAAAUCUCGGCAACCCGAAAAUGCAAACGCGUAACUCCAAACUGCAAACUGCGGUUUGCGGUUUGCCUGAUGCUAAAGGUCUCUAAUCUCUGCAUUGUUUCGCUAUAAUACGUUGUCAAACCUCCUCUCCUUAGGAGCAACUCUUUAAUUCAUUUAGCGCCUGAUUAUUGCCAAGUCUGGCCAAAAUUGGUUACUAUGGUUACAUUUAAGUUACUAUGACGUCAUAGGUGGCAUGAGGUCAUGCAAUUUGGAGGGGAAGAAGCGACUUUUUCUCAGUUUUUGUAGCUGUUGUAGUUGCCGAAAAACCGUGACACAGUCAAGACAAAGUUGAAGGAAACAUCAGGACUCGAGGGAUAUCUUCAAAAAUCGUUGCUUUUAGCUUGAGGCUCCAUUUUUUUUGUUAUUGUGUUCAUUCACGAAAGUAACUAGCAGUCGGUUUUUCCUGCCUUCUCUCACGUCACUAUGUUGAACACGUGCUGUUGCAUCUUGAGUGGCUACAAUUGCUGAAUUAUAUCACAAACGAGAUGCAAUUAGAUUCAGUCAAGGCCACGUGACUACGAAUUAACCAAUGACAGUCCCUGUUUAGUUGAAUAAACUUCUAAAGCUACAACUUGAAUUAUGUAGUGUAAUACUGAACUUUUUGUGUUUUACUGACUUCAGGUAUGCACUUAUCAUAGCCGCUGCCCUUCAUCUCUUUCAAUUGUUUCUUUCCCACUGUGUCUUCCGCGACAGAGAUUUUCCCAGGAUUGUCAUCACUGUGGAUAACAGGUAUUUGCCGUCUUCACUACGUCUUCUCGUUUGGUUCUUGAACCUUGUAAAAACAGUUCAACCUACCGUAAGUGACUACGAGGCAAAAGGCUGACAGUUAUCACUGUUUUUGCCUUCCACCCCUUUCUUUUAUUAAUUUAUUUAUUUCAAUAAUUAUUUAUAUAUUUGAUUGAUUGAUUGAUUGAUUGAUUGAUUGAUUGAUUGAUUGAUUGAUUGAUUGAUUGAUUGAUUGAUUGAUUAAUUUAUUUUGCAGACGCUUGUUCUCGAUUAUGUCAUACUUCUUGUUCUUUUUCAACAUUCUGGUCGGAUUGUUUUCUGGCUUUCUUCGCAUCAUCUUUGGUAUAGUUCUAGGAGUUGUAUUCCUGGCACGUAUAGACCGGUCGACCUUGAUGCAGGGAUUUCAAAGAUUUGACCGAGGCAUGUUGAAAUCUUUAAAGGGGAAAAUUAAACUGUACACGGUUUUCCGUAGCUAUGAUAAUUUUUAUUCUACUUGCAUUUAAAAUAUGAAACAAGCCAGAUAUAACUUACAACAGGCAAGAUACAGGCUAGCCAGUUCACGGUGAAGGCGAUUAUCGCGGUAGAGACCAUAAGAAACAUUAGAUAAUAUCGAUGUCAUACGUCCCUAUUUUUUUUGCUCUCCCUUUCAUCCCUUCUUUAUCGCCUGAUUUCUCCCUCCUCUCUUAUAUUUUCGACACUUUAUCAUCCUCCUCCCUGGGCUGUUCACAGACCCUCGAUUUUUCCUUUUAAAGAUCGUCGAGCGCGCGUAUUUUCUAUCGACAGAUCGUCGAGCGCGCGUAUGGAAAUAAAAACCGCGGGGGAUUUAUUCACCCCAAGCGCCAGCGGGUGCUCCGUGCUUGCUCUAGCGCGGCCGCACUGUCUGAUUGUCGAAAAAAAACGUCUAUGGCCAGGCUACUUCCUUCCUAAACCGUUUCUCUCCGUUCUCAAAAGAGUGUAACUUGUUAACAACCGACGAAAGUUGCAAUCCAAUCAUUCAACAAAGGCCUUAACCCUUUCACUGCUAGAGUGUUUGAUGGAGUUUUGUAAGGUGACUCUAACGUUUGAGUCUGUGGACGAAAUCCUAUGAUGUGACCACUCAAAUGAAAGCUCUCUGCCUGUACUUUCACAUGAUGCUAUUUGUUUCUCACAAUUUUGGAAAAUGAAGUUUUGGAAACUUGGUCGAAACUUGCCUUUGGCCACAUUUGGCAGUGAAAGGAUUAAAAGAUCUUUGCCUUUUAGUGUGUUCAUUCACUGGCAUAUGCUUGCCAUGAGGUUCCAGUCUCCCUCAAUCUCACAUUCUUAUCCUUCUCUUCUACAGCAUUUGUUGCUUACCUUGGUUUUAUCAACCUGCUUGUUGCUCAGAGCCAUCCCGUGAUGCUUUUGUUUUGUCAGCUACUGAUAAACAGGGACAAAGUUCACCUGCCUAAUUCGGAAUCUCCAGCAGGUGCUCAAUCUGAGAACCGCGAUUGUUCAAAGGAAACUGGGGUUGCCUCU